GAUGCUACCGCCAUGGAUACGAGGCUGAGCCAAAUUGAUGAUGUCUAGGUGAUGUUUAAACACUGAGCGGUGUGCCCUAUUAAAUAACCCAGCUGUCAUUCGCUUGGGUUGCGUGUUUUCAAUCGUAGCUGACGCGUCAAGAUAUUUGGAUUACGUUAUUGGAACGACCAUUUCUAGACCCUUCUUAAACCGUCUGCUGUGAUUUCGGGCCCACGGUCACCGUUCCUACGAGUCACUCCCUCGGUGGUGGAGAUGUAGCUUCGGCUUGCAACACCGGAGCAACUGUCAUAGUAGCCGCUGGCUGAGUACCGGAGGAUGCUGGAGGGCUGAGGGAUGGCAGAGGUCGAGGCUACGUACGCCGACUUCAUCGCAUCGGGGCGCACAGGCCGGAGGAACGCCAUGCACGACAUCCUGCAGAGCCCCAGCGACCCGCAGGGGGGCCAGCUGCCCCUCAGCCUGUCCCUGUCCCAGCUGCACAUACACACUGCCCGCAGAGAUGGGGGAGAUGCUGAGGACAGCCAGGGCUCCUCAACGUCGGUCCAGAGAGAGAUGGCCCAGAGGAACAGCUAACACACACCUCCCUCUCCACUGCUGUAUGCAUGGUGGCUGCUGUGUGUGUGUGUGUGUGUGUGUGUGUGUGUGUGUGUGUGUGUGUGUGUGUGUGUGUGUGUGUGU